GUUGUUACAAGCUGUUAACCACGUGCUCUUUUAUCUACAAUCAUUGUAAAUUUGUGAUAUAAUAAGUGACAAUUACUUUAUCAGCAAAAUACAUUCUCUCAUUCGGAAUGGAAGAAAGUGUUUUAUCAAAAAUAAUAUGCGAUUUAUUUGAUGUUAAAGCUAUCAAGUUUGGCAAAUUUAUGAUGAAAAGUGGUAUCGAAACACCUAUAUAUUUUGAUCUUCGAGUUGUUGUAUCGUAUCCUUAUGUUAUGAAAAAUGUUGCAGAUGUUAUGUGGCAAAAAAUAGAAGAAACAAAAAUCUCCCAAGACUUAAUAUGUGGUGUGCCUUAUACAGCCUUACCAAUUGCUACAUGUAUUUCUAUCAAUAAAAAUGUUCCAAUGGUACUGAGAAGAAAAGAAAAUAAAUCUUAUGGGACAAAACAAUUGAUUGAAGGAAAUUAUAAAGCGAGACAAAAAUGUCUUAUCAUUGAGGAUGUUGUUACUAGUGGAAGCAGUGUUGUAGAAACUGCAAAUAUACUCAGAUCUGUUGGUUUAGAAAUUAGCGAUUGUAUUGUAUUACUUGACCGAGAACAAGGUGGAAAGAAAAAUCUUGAGCAGGAAAGAAUUAAAUUGCACAGUGUAUAUACAAUGUCAACAAUGCUGUCAUUACUACAUAAGCACAAUAAAAUUGACAAAAAUAAUUUUGACCUUAUAGAAAAAUUUGUUGAAGAUCAUAAAAAUUUAAAAAUUAUGUCUGAACCAUUCAAAACAAAAAAUAUAUUGUCUUAUUCCAAUCGUGCCAAAUUAUGCAAAAACCCCAUUACAAAGAAAUUACUUCAAAUAAUGGAAGAAAAACAGACAAAUUUAUGUUUGGCUGUUGAUGUAACAUCUUUCUCAGAUUUACUUCAUUUUGCAGAAGAAGUUGGUUCUGAAAUAUGUAUAUUAAAGACUCACAUAGAUAUAAUAGAAGAUUUUAAUGUUGAUUCUAUGAAGAAACUAAAAGAAAUUUCACAAAGAAAGAAUUUUCUUUUGUUUGAAGACAGGAAAUUUGCUGAUAUUGGAAAUACUGUUCAGCUUCAAUAUAAAUCUGGAAUCUACGCGAUUGCCGAGUGGGCAGAUUUGAUCACCAUUCAUCAUUUACCUGGUCCUGGCAUUAUCCGAGCUCUUAAAAAUAUUGCAGUUAAUCAAAAAAAUGGAUGUUUGAUUGUAGCAGAAAUGAGUUCAGCCGGUUCUUACACAACAAAGGAAUAUGCAGCUGAAGCUAUCAAUCUUGCAAAGGAAUAUUCUGAUUUUGUUGUAGGUGUUAUCAGCCAGUCUGUUUUAACUUCAGAUCCAAAUGUAUUGCAUUUAACUCCAGGUGUUAAAAUGAGCGAAGGAACAGAUAAUCUAGAUCAGAAAUAUGUGACUCCAGAUGUUGCAAUCAAAGAGAGAGGUGCUGAUGUGGUGAUAGUUGGAAGAGGAAUAACUGAAGCCAAAAACAUCCGGGAAACUGCUUCUGCAUAUCGUCGAGCAAGUUACGGUUUUUAUCAAGAACUAUUGAUCAGUGGUGAGAAUGAAUGAGUCUUGUGAUUAAACAAGUUAAUGCUGUUUGCGUUUGUUUCAACUACUAAAAUAUUUCUGGAAGCAUUUGAUUGGUUGUCAUCAAUAUAUUGCUUUUUUUUUUUUUUUUUUGUGUUUUUUGCAUCGAUUAUCAUUUUGACACCACCGUAUUGGAAAAUUUUCAACAACUGUGAUAAAAUUUAUAAAAUAAAUUUGAUGUGAUAUUAUUUGAAAAUUAUAAAAUACCAUUACAAUCAUGGUGUAUAUAAAGAAGGAAAAUAUGUGUUAUAAAAUUCUAAAUUAAAUUACAUUGUUGGACAUUUUUAAAGCACAAUUUUUAGGAAAAGUGGAUGUUUCAAUGACAGUUUAUCAGGUGCCAAUAUUCAGAUCAUACAUGUAACAGCUUUGAUGACAGUCUAACAAUCUUGGAAGAAAAACAAAAUUGAUUGACUAAAGUAGAACAAUCAAUGAAUCAAAGUGACUAGCAAUACUUGAAAUGCAGUCUAACAAUCCUGUAAGCAAAUAGUCUUGAACUAUGUUUACAUUCCAGAUAUACAAAUAUUGUUUAAAUAUCAAUACCUGUUAGUAUGUAAGAAAAUCACACCCCUCCAAACUUCCAUUUUCUAUAUACUUCUGGAAUAUGUGCAUAAAAUGAGAUUCAGUUUCUUUUUUAGAAGUGCAUCUUAUAUAAUAACACAUUUAUGCAAUAUUUCAUAAAACUCUGAACAGUCUACCAAUUGUAUGAAACAUAAUCUUAGGAUUUGCAAUCUCAACUAUUUUUUUGAGUUCUCUGAAGCUAGGAGAAUAUUAAAAACUUUGUGGAUUGCAAUCAUAAGUAAAAUGAUUUUACUUUUUAUGAUUGUUAUACAUUGCUUUUUUAGAAAAUGUGAUGAAUCUAAUUCUGUAAAAGAAAUGUUGAAAAACUCUUGAUUUUUAUAUUAAAAUUUUUGAUGUUCUUUUCAUUGUAUGGUUAUAA